ACGAAAGCAUAAUUAGUUUUGGAUUUCAGACCCAAAAAUGUGGCCAGAUUCAUCGGGGAUGCAACAUAGUAUUUCCCACCAUUAUCCCAUCCAAACCUCGGGAUUCUAGUCAUCCCUGGAGCCUCCUACGUAUACAUCCAAAUCCAAAAUAACGACAUUUUUCCUUUAGACUUCAGAGGGACAAUUCAAGUCCUUUAUCGUACUUUGCCAUAAAAUAAAUUCACGAAGUCUUUUCAGCCCAAAAAUGGCUGCUUCGUGUUCCACUUCAUAUUCUUCCCACGUGGAUAUUUUCGAUCGUUUUAAUGUGAUUCCGGUAUCUAUUGCUCCUGUACGUGGGUCACAUCAUCAUCAUCAUCACUAUUAUCAGACUCAGUUUCAUUCUACUAAAUCGAAUUCUUCUUCUUUGAGAAGUUUGACGUUAAUUAGAAGACGGCCGACCCAGUUUACGGAUUCCAAAUUAAGGCUUCCUUUCGAUGGCCCGGUGGUUUUUGGAUCCAAUUGCGGGGUUCCCAAGUUUAGACGGGUUAUUGCAGCUGUGGCAAGAGCCGAACCCGAACGAAUUGACGACUUCGACGCCCAAUUUAAUAAAGAUGAAGCUAACAAAAGCCAUGAUCUACCAGUGAAUGAGGAUUCCGUAGCAGCUCAUCAAAGUAAAGCAAGUCAAUUGAAGAAAAGGAUUGUCUUUGGACUUGGCAUAGGAAUAUCUGCUGGAGGAGUGGUGUUGGCUGGAGGAUGGGUGUUCACUGUGGCUCUUGCUGCUGUUGUGUUUGUUGGUGCAAGAGAGUAUUUUGAACUUGUCCGGAGUAAGGGAAUUGCUGAUGGCAUGACCCCACCUCCUCGAUAUGUGUCUCGAGUUUGCUCGGUUUUCUGUGCGCUGAUGCCUUUAGCGACAUUAUACUUUGGCCAAAUUGAUGUCUCUGUGACAUCUGCAGCUUUUGUUCUCGUAACUGCUCUGCUUUUACAGAGGAGAAGCCCUCGCUUUUCUCAAUUCAGCAGUGCCAUGUUUGGAUUAUUUUAUUGUGGUUAUCUUCCUUGUUUCUGGGUUAAGAUGCGGUGUGGCUUAGCCGUCCCUGCUCUCAAUACAAAGUUGGCGACUUCAUGGCCAUGGUUACUCGGAGGUCCAGCGCAGUGGACAGUGGGUCUUGUGGCUACCUUGGUUUCGAUAAGUAGCAUUAUAGCUGCUGACACAUGUGCUUUUGCUGGUGGAAAGGCUUUUGGGCGGACUCCACUCACGAAUAUUAGCCCAAAAAAGACAUGGGAGGGAGCUCUUACUGGCUUAGGUGGUUGUGUUGCAACCACUGUUUUGCUGUCAAAGAUGCUAUCUUGGCCUAUAUCCUUACCUAGUGCUGUAGCAUUCGGAUUCCUGAACUUUGUGGGAUCCCUUUUUGGUGACCUCAUUGAGUCCGUAAUUAAGCGUGAUGCAGGUGUGAAGGAUUCUGGAACGCUCAUACCUGGGCAUGGUAAUGUCUUUUUGCUUUUUGUGCAUAUGGGUUUUAUGAUAUCAACAUUAGUUCAUUUUUAUGCAAUCAAUAUUAUGUUCCUGUUAUUUUAUUUCUUGGAAAGAAAACAUGUGAAAUUUAUUUAAUUUUUUAAAAUGUUCAUGGGUUCAUGGUAUAGUGUUCAGUUACUGAUUUAUUUGUGCCUUGUAGAUUUCUGGGUUUCUUUUCUUUUUAAUUUAUAUCCUGCCUGUCAGUUGGCUAGUUUUGUUGGAGAGUGAAAUGAAAUUCUACCUCUUCUCUUCAGACUAAGUAGCUGAAAAGAGUGAUAUCAUUGUCACAUCAUUUUUGGCAGUAAUUUAUCGAAAUUUGAUGAAGUAGUGAGAAACAGAAAAUUGGUGACCUUUUGUUUUUAAGAAAAGAAAAUUAGUGACUUAGUUGUCCUCUGUGCUGGAUAUACCAUAUCAAGUUUCUCAUUUGGUAUUUUUAACUGAUAGCUACCAGUUUUUCUUCUUGUUUUUUUAGUGUAGUAAUCUUCCUUGCUUGAUCACAGUCCUUUUGACUGUAUUUUGCACUCCUUUUUUGAGGUUUAAUGUCAUGGCAUUUGUAUUGAUUGUUGGAUGCUGGUUUUGCUGUUACUCUGUCAGGGUUUUGGUGGUCUUUCUGAUGCAGCUAGAAUUGGUCUCUUUAUUUUGAUUUUUUGCUAAUAAUUAUAUCUAGGAUUGAGAAUCAAAAAGCUGCUUGUUUUCUUCGGAAAAAGCAAUGAGGUCAGUCUAAUUUCUGAUUGAGACAAUGCUGUGCUCCUUGUAGGUGGAAUACUAGAUAGAGUGGACAGCUAUGUAUUUACUGGUGCAUUGGGUUAUUCCUUUGUCAAAACAUUCCUUCGUCUUUAUGGAGUUUGAUCGUUUAUCAUGUUCUGCAACUGAAAGUAGGAGAUCUUGUGGAUUGUGCUCAUUAGCAUAUCAGGCAGGAAGAAAGUCUGCAUCAUUCUCUUGCCAAAAGGUAAAGGAGGUGGUGAUCUCAACCCAAGGAGUAGAUGAAAUUGCAACUGGUUUCUCUUCUGGGAGAUCCGCUUAGGGCUUUUAUGUAACGUUUAUCCAGGCUAGAUCUCUCUGGACAAUCCCAUAUGUAGAUUUUGUGUAAAGCGGCUGUUUUGCGUAGGAGGCUGAUGAAGUUGUGAUGUUACCAUAUCAUUGCAAAUUCGUUGUCAAGUAUAGAUAUAAAUAUAUACAAUCUUUUAUUUUUGCAAUCGAAUGCAAAGUGCUAUUCUUUACCUUUACAAAAUGAC